UAUCAGGUCAAUUAGUGGUCAACUUUGAUUUUAACAUCUCCUCAAUGAUCAAGGCUAAAUUGUUGUGAGAAGGAAUAAAAUAAAUGCUUAAUUGUGAGAGAAUGAGAGAGAUUUAAGUUUACAAUUUUAACUGAUUACUAUUAAGUCAUUUUUGCGAUAGCCACAAUUAACAUGUUAGCUUAAAAAUUAUCCAGUAUUAGUUUUAUUUGGAAAGAUGUUGCCUCAACUCUAUCUAAUUGUUUCCCUUUCUUUAGUCUCAGUAUUUUGUUUUUCUCACCAACAGCUUCAAGCGCAAUCCUUAAACCACCUUGAUGACUUAACGCCGCUAAAUCGUAUCAGAAGAUCAACCCUUCCUCCUGGUUGUCAGCAGAGCCUAGAGACAGAUUUCCAUGGAUUUAAGCAGAUUCUCUAUGUUGAUGUCAAAAAUUUACCUCGCAAUCAACAAGAAAUUGAUGGAUUGUGUAGUGUCAGCCGAUCUAUGUAUUCAAAAUUAAGGAAUUAUAAUCGGAAAUGUUUAAAAUCAUUGGCUCGACAAUUAUUUUCCAUCAUGUUGCGAGGAAUGCGUAAACAGAUGAAGUCAAUUUGUACGGAUCCAGUGGACCAAAAAAAAGCUAUUAAGAUUUAUGGAUGUACAUCGGAAACAAGUAUGAGGGCAUGGAAUGAAUGCUUUCACUCGGCUAAUCGUCAAUUUAUGUUUGCAGCUGUUAACUCUACGGAUCGCCAAUUGUUCCCUGAUUUAUGUUGCAUGUACCCAAGAAUUGAAAAAUGCGUCGUUACUCAGAUGAAACCAAAAACGUCUUGUAAAUCUGAUUCCAAUCUGGAUAUUGCUGGUUUCUAUCGAGCAACUGUUGAAAUCUCAAUCAAGGAUACUCUAGAUUUGGCUUGUGCUAAUUUUGCUACAGAGGAACAAUGCAAUAAAGUUAAUCCUCAAGGAGUUAAAGCUUUAACUGAAGCCGGUGAAUCAAAUUACAAAGUUCCUGAGCCGUUUUAUUUGUAUCCGUUACUCAAAGUUCUUGGUCGACUUGCUGAUAGCCGGUAAAUUUUGUAAAUUUGUAUUUAGCUCAAUCCCUGUUUUUACCGAUAUGACAAGCACCUUUAUUUGUAAAUAUGUCAAUAAGAGUCAACAUGAACACCUUGGAUCGCUCUACCUGAUGGAUCAGCCUGAUUAGCCCAAGCCUUUUCCCAUUCAACUGCAGUUGGUGUUGAACAAGCAAUGGACGGUCCACCAGGAAUUAAUUUAUCCGCAUCAUAAUGAGGAAAGUGAGACUUGAAAAUGG